GUCUCCCCGGCGCGAGACAAGUAGCGAGUGCCUCGAUUUGGCGUUCUUAGUCGCUCCAGUGCCGUCUUGGAUUUGAUAAGUUGUCAACCUACUUUUCAGCAUCCGCCUCUAUCUGCCUUCCAACAUGUACAGCACCACGAGCGCGAACCGCCUGCCUCCCGAAUCUGUGGUACGGCAGAAAGCCCUGCCACCUAAUAAAUGCACCCUGGAGGCUGAACGAUGACGGCCUCUGGUUGGUGGAAAAUAUUUCCCCACAACAGCGUGCUGGGGUACCUCAGAAGUCUCCAAAUCCCAGAAAAGGUUUGAUUGGGGUAACGGCCACAUGGAUCAUCUGCCCGCUCCCCCAACUCCAGAUGGUGCUCUCACGGCGGGUUCGGCAGCAGGGCUUACUCCUCACUAACGAGAUGUCCAUGUACUCGGUCAGCCAAGUGAUUAUGGGCCGAGACCUGUCGAGCCAGUUGCUUUGCGAGUGACAGCUAAAGAUCGGCUGUGAAGCUCACACUCUGGACUCCAAUUUUCCCCCUCGCAUCCGUCUGUCGGCGGUUUGCUCGAUUGGAUGGAUGUGUGGGGAAACCAGGGCCAUCCCCGUCCAUAGGAGGCUGCACGUCGUAUUUCGCAGGGUGUAAUCUAUGGACGUGGCAACCAUAUAUCAGGAGUGCCUCCCGGCCAACUUGCCUGAUCCUGCUUGCUGAUCAUCCGCCUCCCCUUGCGCCUUUGCUGCCAUCUGCGCACCUGGCGAACAGCCGACUUCGAGGGCACCGCCAAGUCCUGGCCAAAGUCAGCAUCACCGUCACCCAAACGCAAGGGAAGCCCGCCGACCGUCACAAUGGGGAAAACUUCGGUCAAAAUCCUGGAGAAGCUGGUGAGGAAUGAUGCCAUGCGGCAUGAUCCUCCCGAGAUCUACGGAUGGAGGGUCUAUAUGCUGGCCGUGUCGGCAUGCUUCGGCGCCAUGUGUUUCGGCUGGGACUCGUCCGUCAUCGGCGGCGUUAUCGUCAUGGACCCUUUUAAGCGAGACUUCGGCCUCUUCGAGAAUAAAGAAGUCGCCGCCGACCUCGGCGCCAACAUCGUUUCGACACUGCAGGCCGGCUGCUUCGUCGGGUCCAUUAUCGCGUCUCCCCUAACGGACCACUUCGGUCGCAAGUGGUGCCUUGUCGGCACCGCUGUCGUCAUCCUGGCCGGUGUCAUCAUGCAAGCCGCUUCCCUCGGCAACCUGCCCGCAAUCUUCAUCGGCCGCUUCGUCUCGGGCCUCGGUGUCGGCGCCGCCUCGUGCAUCAACCCCGUCUAUGUUUCCGAGAACGCGCCCCGCGCCAUCCGCGGCCUGUUGACGGGCAUGUACCAGCUCUUCAUCGUCACGGGUGGUAUGAUCGCCUUUUGGGUCAACUAUGCCAUGAGUAUCCACUACGUCGGCACCAAGGCCAUGUACAUCCUGCCACUGGCCAUCCAGGGCCUCCCCGCCGUGCUGCUGAUGUUUUCCAUGCUGCUCUGCAACGAGUCGCCCCGUUGGCUCGCCCGCAAGGAUCGCUGGGAGGAGGCCAAGGACGUGCUGUGCCAUGCGCGCAACCUGCCAGUCGAGCACGCCUACAUUCAGGACGAGAUCCAGGAGAUCGCGGAUGCCCUCGAUCACGAGCGUCGACUGGUCGGGGAUGCCUCCUGGCUGCGCCUCAACAAGGAGAUCUGGACCCACAGCAUCCACCGCAAGCGCGCCAUCAUCAGCAUCGUCCUCAUGAUCUGCCAGCAGAUGACGGGCACCAACGCCAUCAACACGUACGCUCCCCUCAUCUUUGCGAACCUGGGCAUCAAGGGCCUCGAGGGGCAGCUGCUGGGCACCGGCGUCUACGGAAUUGUCAAGGUUUUGUCGUGCAUGGCCUUCCUCCUGUUCAUGGCCGACUCUCUUGGUCGCCGCCGCUCGCUGCUCUGGACGUCCAUCGCCCAAGGUCUGGCCAUGUUCUACAUUGGCAUCUACGUCCGCAUCCUGCCUCCCGUGAAGGACCAAGCGGUGCCCCCGGCGGGAUACUUUGCCCUCGUUUGCAUUUUCCUGUUUGCUGCUUUCUUCCAGUUCGGAUGGGGACCAGUGUGCUGGAUUUUGUCGUCGGAAAUCCCGUCGGCGCGCUUCAGGUCCAUCAACGUCAUGUACGCGGCCGCGACGCAGUGGUUCUUCAACUUUGUCGUCGCGCGCUCGGUCCCGGUGAUGCUCAUUACCGUCGGCGGCGAGACGGGCUACGGCACCUACCUUAUUUUCGGCAGCUUCGCUUUCGCCAUGUUCUUCUUUGUGUGGUUCUUCAUCCCCGAGACCAAGGGACUGUCGCUCGAGGCCAUGGACGAGCUGUUUGGAGGCGAGGCCGUCGGGACCGGGAAGGCCGGCGCCGAGACCAAUGCCGAAAGCGGCUCUGGCGGAAACGGGGCGGGCUCGGAGAAGCUUGAGAUCUCGCAGGCGGAGAAGCGAGUCUAGGGCCUAGGAUGUCUGGCAGCUUGAGAACAACCUCGUGGUGCUUCUACUUUAUACCUACCUUGACUAUGGACGAUUUUAGUGUCAACUGUGGAACAUUCCAUCUCGGCACUUGCCGGUCUUUACGUGUUCAGCCGCUGCUGUUGGGUUAAGCCUUCGAUUCUCCACAGUUCUCGCCCGGGUUCGAAGAAGUGCCGUUCUCUGCACGCUAGAGUUAUGCUACCUUGCACAAGCGGCAAUGGUAUUGGCUAUCUCCAAUGUCUACCUGCAAUAUUCAACUGCCCAGAGAUCCGAGCUGAUGCCAUGCCUCGUCACGGAGAACAGCCCACGUCACGACGAUAAUGCCAGGCUCAGGGACAUGGCAUUGUUAGGGCUGAUUCAACUUUCCUUCAUAUUCUCCUCCUGUUCCCACAUAUACAAUGCCCAGAAUGCAUUGCGAAGUAGCCUUUAUCCCCUAUCGGUCACGCAGCGGCUGUAUCAUGUGCAAGGCAUGGCCACUCCGAAAGCUUUCACACGAAUGCUGCCACAGGGUGUGGAAGGAAGGCAAGGCACGAUAGGGGCAAAAUCCAUACUGUAUAGCAGAGAUCCUGGCACCAGCACUCUGAAUGCAGUCACGGCGUUCCAACGUCACCGUUCCAACGUCACCGUUCCCACACCACCGAGCCUCCGUUACGUCCAAGGUAACGGCGAGAUCUAGUCCUGCCCCUAGUGGCUCCUGACGGUAGCCACGACGUCAAACCCUUCGGUAAAUCCUGCCCACCCCAAGCACAACGGCAGCUCUUCGGAUAACAUUACGAGGGCAGCAACCUCGAGCUUGCGUCGGUCUUUCGAGCCCGCCAUUAGGGCGGAAAACACAUCCGCGACCAUGGCCGUCACAAAGAGAGCCUGAGUCGAGUCUCGCCCACACACCCGAAGCGAUAUUUGCCCACCAGGCCGCAGAGGACCCAGCCAGGAGCGAGCGGUCUAAGCGCAUGAGCCUAUCGCGCAACAGUGGGCGAACGGUCGCGUCCAGGGGGCCGCAAGGUGUCAUCCCCUUCUCCACUUUCAAGGCCCGGAGCCGCACCCAAACCACCGUGGCGGUCUGCAAGGCGCGGGAGUGGCACAGCCCUAUAACCCAAGAUCAAUGCAAAGCAAGCGGUUGUGGGGAUUCGGGAGAACCGGUAGGGAUUCCAGGUGUUCCCGGACGAGCAGUGAGCCAAGUUGUCCAACGAGAACUCUUCUCUGGUCCAAAAAAAAAAGAAAUAGGAGGGAAAGGGGUCGAGGCCGGGUUCAAAGCUGGCAAGCUGGGUCUAGCCCGUGGGUCUUGCUCUUGGCCUUCUGCUAGCGUGGCUGGAGGAGACCGCGGUCGCUGGGCGGGACCGUUGGAGCACGUGUCGGGGUUCGCAGGAUAUUGCGCUUGGCGAUUCCUUGGUCCCCUGGCUGUGAGUUUUCCGCCAUGGUCACAUCGUCAGUUGAUCUUGUUGACGCACACGUUUCCGCCAAGUGCCAGCCGCGUCCUCUCUCGCGAACCGCAGCAUACCUAGCAGCGCAUCCCAUAAGCGCGCCAACGAGGCCACCAGCCACGCAUGAAGCUGCGUGAGCCGACCUCCCUCAAGGUCAAAGCGGCGGGCUGGACAGCUAAGCCGGCACGCUCGGAAACAGUCUGACAGGGGGGCGGCGGAUCCUAUGCAGAAUAGAACCUCCCCGGAUCCCAGGGCGACGUCACCAAUCAUCACCGCCAGGGGUUGAAGGCGCUGAUUUAGACAACUCUAUGCACGUUCACUCGCCUGCUCGCCCACCGCGCCCUACAGAAAAUGGUUGAUGUGGCUGAAUUCCCGGGGCGGGCGAGUCGUUAGCUUAGCCAAGAUGGGCGAAGACCUUAGACAAGGUAUGAGUUUAAAAAAUUCUCCAAUUAAGCUAAACUACCCAAUUUUUCGCCCAUUUUGGCUAAAGUACGUAAGUUGAACUCAGGCUUUGCAUAUGCAUCGCUUAAGCAUUAUAUUAAAUAUAAUAUAAAAAAAUUUAUUAAUUAUUUAG